AUGCCAAUGAACUUUCUGAGAAGUAGGCUUCACAGCCGGCCUCUUGUUGGGGCAGUGCGCAGCUUCCCCGCACGGCAGUGGAGUAGCACAAUAUCACAACGACCAGGAGCGGACAGUGUUCGGUUUCCAGGUGCUGUCAAUAGCAAGUUUACUACCGACAUGUCCUUUCUCAAAGCCUCUGACCUACCCGCCAUCCCUACCUACCGAGUGAUCGACUCCGACGGUGAAUUGGUCGAUAAAACGCGACCGGCUCCCGAUGUUACAGACGAGGAGGUAUUGACUUGGUAUAAAAACAUGUUGUCUGUGAGCGUUAUGGACGUCGUGAUGUUUGAGGCCCAACGGCAGGGCCGUCUCAGCUUCUACAUGGUUUCUGCCGGGGAAGAAGGGAUUACUGUAGGAUCAGCCGCAGCACUGACGCCAGAUGAUGUGGUAUUCGCCCAAUAUCGCGAAGCAGGCGUCUUUCAACAACGAGGAUUUACAUUGAAGAAUUUCAUGAGCCAGCUCUUUGCCAAUGCGAAUGAUGCGGGUCGAGGUCGCAAUAUGCCAGUUCACUAUGGACAAAAUUACCCUCGCAUGCACACUAUAUCGUCCCCGUUAGCCACGCAGAUUCCACAAGCGGCUGGUGCAGCUUAUGCACUGAAGAUACAAGAUCAACAAAACCCCAGUCGCGAUCCACGCAUUGUGGCCUGUUACUUUGGUGAAGGCGCCGCUAGUGAAGGAGACUUCCACGCCGCACUCAAUAUGGCUGCAACCCGCUCCUGUCCAGUCGUUUUCCUUUGUCGCAAUAAUGGAUAUGCAAUCUCGACACCGACUCUUGAACAAUACCGCGGCGACGGCAUCGCCAGUCGCGGCGUCGGUUACGGUAUUGACACAAUUCGGGUCGAUGGUAACGAUGUUUUUGCUGUGAACGAAGCAAUGAAAGAAGCACGACGUCUCGCUCUCAGCGAAGGAGGGCGACCUGUCCUGAUUGAAGCUAUGAGCUACCGUGUUUCCCACCACAGUACAAGCGACGACAGCUUUGCAUACCGCGCGCGGGUCGAGGUUGAGGACUGGAAACGCAGAGACAAUCCCAUUAUACGAUUACGCAAAUGGCUUGAGAACCAAGGGCUUUGGAGUGAAGAUCAAGAGAAACAGACCAGAGAUGAGAUGAGGAAAGAUGUGUUGAAGGAGUUUGGCGAGGCUGAAAGGGAGAAGAAGCCUCCUCUUCGGGAGGCUUUCAAAGAUGUCUAUGAGGAGAUCACGGAGGAGCAACGCGAGCAGAUGAAUGAGCUCAAGCGCAUUCUGGAAACUUACCCAGAUGAGUAUGACCUGCGACAUUAUCAAGAUGGGGCCAAGGGGCUUGAGUAA